AUGCAAGCAGAGUACGAGUCACUAAUGGACAAUAAUACCUGGACAUUAGUCGAUGAACCAGAAGAUCAACAAGUCUUACCUGGAAAAUGGGUGUAUAAAGUAAAGUAUCGAGCAAACGGCCAAGUCGAUAAGCUCAAGGCAAGAUACGUAGCAAAGGGUUAUGCUCAAAUCGAGGGCCUAGAUUUCUUUGACACAUACGCUCCAACAUGCAAACCAGAAACUUUUAGAAUUCUAUUAGCAACUGCAUCACGAAAGGACUUAUAUCUUGGUCAGAUGGACGUGAAAUCAGCGUACCUUCAUUCCAAAAUAGAAGAAGAAAUUUAUCUGGAGCAGCCAGAGGGGUUUGUCAAGAAAGCAAACUCAGGACAAAAGCUUGUGUGCAAAUUGAACAAAUCAAUCUAUGGUCUAAAACAAGCUGCGAAAAACUGGUAUGAAGCUCUGACAAGUCUACUUCUCAAGAAAGGAUUCAAACGAAGCUGCAACGACUAUUGCCUAUUUGUAAGAAAGGAAGAAAAUGGAACAUUUUCCUAUGUGUUAGUCUGGGUAGAUGAUAUAGUAGUGGCUGGAGCAACCGAAGAAGCAAUUAACGAAAUUAAGUCAAUGUUAAAUGCAAAUCCUGCGAUCGCACAACAAGAUUACAGUGGAUCAAACGAAGUAUAUCGAAACUGUUCUCCAAGAAUUUAACAUGAGUGAUUGCAAAGUUGUAGCAACACCCGGAGAAGUAAAUCUAAAGCUAGUCAAAAGUAACGAAGGAAAGAAAUUAGUAGAUCCGAAGCUGUAUAGAAGUUUAGUUGGCUCUCUUUUAUUCAUUGGCAAACAAACCCGUCCAGAUAUUCUAAAUAUUGUUAAUCAGUUGUCACGAUUUCUCGAUAAACCUGACGAAUCACAUUGGAAGGCAGCAAAGCGCGUACUGAGAUACCUCAAAGGAACUACCGACUUACGAUUAACAUUCUUGAAGAAUUCCAGCUGUGAUAUUGUUGGCGAUUCGGACGCAGAUUGGAGUGGGGAUCUCAACGAUCGCAAAUCGACAACUGGAUACUACUUUAAAUUCGAAGGAAAUGGAGGUGCCAUCAGUUGGGAGGUAAAGAAGCAAGCAACCUUUGCCUUAUCAACAGCGGAGGCGGAAUAUCAAGCCAUGGCGGCUGCUGCACAAGAAGCAAUCUACUUACGAGCUCUACUAAAGGAUUUUGGUUUCCCAAUGGAGAAAGCGACAGAUAUUUGA